AUGUCUUCAAAUGCUGAUCGUUUAGAAAACGAAGCUCCCAAGCCCGAACCCGAGUCCGAACCAGCACCACCCGCCACCGAUCUAGAUCCCGAUUCAAACGACAUCGGAAUCCGGCAUACCGACAUACAAUCACCAGAUGCAGAAGAAGAUUCCAAAAUCAACGACAUAGUUGAAUCCGAAAAAGUACAAUCAGUCCAUGCGGAGGUAUCAAAUUCUGCGCCAGAAGAAAUUUCGAUCCAGCCAAGUGUAAUGAAUGAAUCUGAGGAGAAGGAGGUAAAAGCGAAUGAUACGGGGAGUGAAUCGAAACUGAAACGAGAGGAAGGGAAUCGGACGUUUACCAUGAGAGAAUUGUUGAAUGAAUUGAAGAACGGUGAUGCCAAUGAGGAGGUUGAUACUCCUCAGAGUCAAGCAAGCACACAACAGCAAAACCAGAAUGAUGCUGCUAUGGAGUUGAUUGAUAGUGUCACAGGUGUUGAUGAUGAGGGUAGAUCUCGCCAACGGAUUCUUACAUUUGCUGCAAGGAGAUAUGCUAGUGCAAUAGAGAGAAAUCCAGAUGAUUAUGAUGCGCUGUACAAUUGGGCACUUGUUCUUCAGGAAAGUGCGGAUAAUGUAAAUCUUGAAUCCAGUUCUCCUUCCAAGGAUGCUUUGCUGGAAGAGGCUUGUAAAAAGUAUGAAGAUGCCACUCGUCUUUGCCCUACACUGAAUGAUGCAUAUUAUAAUUGGGCUAUAGCAAUCUCUGAUCGGGCAAAAAUGCGAGGUCGUACAAAGGAAGCUGAGGAAUUUUGGAAGCAGGCUACAAAGAAUUAUGAAAAGGCAGUUCAACUCAAUUGGAACAGUCCUCAGGCACUGAACAACUGGGGGCUUGCCCUGCAGGAACUCAGUGCAAUUGUCCCUGCGCGAGAUAAACAGACCAUUGUAAAAACUGCAAUCAAUAAGUUCCGUGCCGCAAUACAGUUGCAAUUCGAUUUUCACAGGGCAAUUUACAACCUCGGCACUGUUCUGUAUGGAUUAGCAGAGGACAUGGCAAGAACUGGAGGAUCCAUGAACGCAAAGGAGGUCUCCCCUGAUGAGUUAUAUAGCCAAUCUGCUAUCUACAUUGCAGCUGCACAUGCACUGAAACCAAAUUACUCAGUUUACACCAGUGCAUUGAAGCUUGUGCGAUCAAUGCUGCCUCUGCCCUAUCUAAAGGUUGGAUAUCUGACUGCACCACCUGCAGGAAAUCCGGUUUCACCUCAUGGUGAUUGGAAACUUUCUCAGUUUGUGUUAAAUCAUGAAUCUCUUCGACAGAUGAACAGAGUCGAGCAAAGACAGCUUUCGCAGAACCUUUCUUCAAAAUCAGUAGAUACCGCGCAGAUGAACAAGUCAGCAAUUAAAAUUGACAUUCCAGAUAUUGUCUCCGUAUCGGCAUGUGCUGAUCUUACUUUACCACCUGGUGCAGGCCUCUGCAUCGACACUAUUCAAGGACCUGUAUUCUUGAUUGCCGAGUCAUGGGAAUCUUUGGAUGGAUGGUUUGAUGCGAUUCGGUUAGUUUACACAAUUUUUGCUCGGGGGACUGUUUUGCGGAUCAUCCUAUGUGCCAAUGGUAACAAAUGGAAUGUAAAUAUGUGA